GAGCAGACAGGUAACUGUCACACAUUGUUUGUCCCCGCUGCUCCGCCCCCCGGAACUGCCGCUUCUGCUGCCGCCACGGCCCGGAGGAUUACUGACCGGGCAGCUGUGUGUGAUAGAGACGGCGCCGGGAGCAGGAAAUGAGUAUGAAGAUGAAUUUGAAGAGCUUUCAGCAUCACAAAGAUUUAAAACGUUUUCCCACUGAAAGUCAAACAAAUCAAAGAAAUGUGUCAAAUAAGGUGUUGCCUCUUGUUUUCCCUUCGUCAAAACCGUUGCUUUGGGACAUGACGCCCAUGGGAGAUUCUAUUGGCUUACAUAUCAGUUAUUACAGGAAUCCCAGAUUGUUGUUAUCUGAAAAGGCGCUACGACUUUCCUACCGUCACGCCAAGACUGAAAGGAUCGGGUUUUCCUGUUUCUUACUUGGAUCUUUUUCUAUUGAUGAAGAUGAAGAAGGGGUAACUAUAACCAUCGACCGCUUUGAUCCAGGUCGAGAGAAAUCGGGUGUCUGUGGGAAAGUUCCAACGACAGUUCUUCCUGGCGAUUUUGUUGUUACAUGUUCUAUUAGCACCAAGGAGGCUGAAAUGCUGUGCGCCACAUCCCUUAGUGACGACUUUACAUCAUCGCUUAAGGGUUUGCAGAGCCAUCUUCACAGCAAAGAAGCCUUGGAUCUCUCUAAAUUGUUCUCUUUAAGAGCUCAUCUCACUUUCACUGAGCACAUGGACAAUCUACACUUUGAUCUUCAUUGGGCGGCUGCGACUGUAGCAAACCCAUUUGAAAGCACUCCUAUAAAGCCGAUCCCAAUUAUACCCACUGCUCUUGCCAGGAACCUGAGCAGUCACAAUAAUAUUGCACAGCUUCAGGGAACACACAAAUGCGGGUAUUUAACAAUGGAUCAAACGCGUAAAUUGCUGCUUGUACUUGAAUCCGAUCCAAAGGUUUAUACCUUACCCCUUGUUGGAAUCUGGCUGAGUGGUGUUACUCACAUUCAUAGCCCACAAGUGUGGGCCAGUUGUCUGCGCUACAUGUACAGCUCUUCAAUCACUGAAAGAGUGCUUUCAGAGUCUGGAAGUUUCCUUGUUGUCCUCUAUUCACUAACACACAAGGAGCCGGAGUUCUAUGAAUGCGCACUGGGCAGCGGGCAGGAUUCUCUUAGCUUACAGCUGUUGACCUGUGAAGAAGCCUUACAUCUCUUCAAAAAUGUUGAAGCCUCCAGAAAACAGCAUCUGCAGUUUGAGCUCACUACCGAAUGCCAGAAUUCAAGAUCUUGCUUUAUUAAUGAAGUAUCCAAGAGCUUUUCUGCUGGACUGCUUCAAGGGAACACAUCUCCCAGUAAGUUAUCAAUAAGUGACCAGGACUCUGGUUUGGAAGAUGAGGAUUUUUCCCCUAGACCAUCUCCUCGCCCCCAUCCUUCAGUCCAGCAGGCAACUAGAAUUCAUCCUUCCGUUCCUGAACUUUCUUUGGUAUUUGGAAGUUUUAUAGAUCCAAAACUUUCUUCACAGAGUCUGGAAAAUGGCAGUUUAACUACGAAAGAUGAAAACCAUCCUCUCGCAUGUGCUGCUAAUCCCAGCAAUGAAAAGAAGCCAGCGGAAUGCCAGCCCAGCAAUUCCAAUGUAAAACUCGCAACAAAUUACCGCACAGUGGCGUUAUCCCGAUUUCACAAAGGGAAACAGUCUCCAUAUGAUAAACAACCCACUAAUCCUAAAGUUGGCAAUCAAAUAAGGGGCAAUCCUGCAUCCUCGUCUUCCUCUUCUAUUUCCACCCCUCAGAGCGGUUCUUCCCCUGACAACACUUUACAUCACAUGAGUGGUUUAUCCGACAUAAACCGUGACACAGUCAGACCUCAUAAAGUACCAGCACCUACAAGACUAACUUCUACAUCAUCCAGACAGACUGCAUCACCCCUGUCUCCCAACCACAAUGUUACGUUUCCACUUCAGUCAAGACGUUUAUCAGAAACCUCAAAACCGUUCUCAAGUAAAACACCAUUUUACCAAACCAACUGUUGCCACUAUUGUCACAAUUGUACCCCGGUCCAACACCAUGCCACAGGUUCCUGGCCUAGCACAGAAAGCAUUGGGUAUCAUACCAUGGAGAAUACAUCAGAAACCGUGGAAAGUUUCCAUCCUGCACAUCACAACACGGCUUUCUCGAAUAUAUCCUGCAGCCCGGUCUGUGCUGCCAGCUGCUCCAAAACCCCUGGUCAAACUAGCAGAGUGGGGUGUUGUUCAUCUCCUGUUGAUUUAAUGUCAUCUCCUGGAAGAAAAGCGUCUUUACCUGUAAACUUGUUUAGUCCUAGCUCCUGCAUACACACGCCGCCUCCUAACCUGCCCAAUGCUAAUGCGAUGCUGGGAUUGUCUGCAGAGGCCUAUCGGCUAUUAGCAGAUCAAGACAAACAGCUGAAAGUACUUCAAGCCCAGAUUAAGCGUUUGCUGGAAGCACAGACCUUACAGUCUGAAUUACCCAAGGUUUGUGCCAGUAACGGUUUGUCGCAGACACAGGGGGCGUCUCUUUCCACUGAAAAAAGGGUGACUGGAAAGAAGCAAAGUGUGAGCAUUGCAGUCAGUACAGGUGCUAGUUUAUUCUGGAACAGCCCUGAGGGAGAGGAAUCUGUGGAGAAACCGGAUGCAUCUGACCUGUGCCAUGAGCUCAGCGUGGCUAUAAACAAUGAAGAAGAUACAAGUCAUACCAGCAUCACUUCCUCCUUACAAGCUGUGGACAUUUGUAGCUUCUCCGAGACCAGUCAGCUGGAAGACAGUGCAAAGGGCCAGUCUCUCCCUCACUUAGACUCUACUCAUGUUAGUUCUGAACCUGGUUCACCUUUGUUGCAACGUAAAUUACCGCCAGAAAGCUCAGAGUGGCCGGGCACUGCAGAAUUGGCACCUCCACCCGAGAAGUUAUAUCAGGAUAUGUUGUGUCAAGUAAACAAUUUGUUGAAGACUUCAGAAGAUGAGACUGAAGAGUCUCGUACAGGAAAUCGUGAAAGAGAGAGAACUUGUGAACCCCAAACCAAAGAAAAGAAGACGGUCCAGAUAUCAAAAUCAAGUGCAAAUUCGCAAAAUGUGCUAAAGGCAACUAUUGAGCAGCUGAAGUCCAUCGGAGUGAAUAUUGACUUUGAUUCAUCUCACUUAACAAGGAAAAAUACAGAUACAGCUGACAGUGCAAGUGUUCUUGCUUGCAUCAAUCCUGACGCAGUGAUCCCCAGACUGAAUUACAUGUCUUUUACAAAUAUUGGUUUGAGUGGAUUUGCCCCAAGCGGGGUUGACCUGAGCAUGGAAGCAAAUGCUAUUGCUCUUAAGUACCUUAGCGAGUCACAACUAAGGCAGCUGUCGCUCAGUCAUGGAACAAAAAGCAACCCUCUUGAUUCUUCAACCUUUCACAGUUUCCUGCCUGGAAAUAAUGAGAAGAGCAUGGUUGGUCUUAGUUUAAUUUCUCCAAAUAAUAUGUCGUUUGCAACCAAGAAAUACAUGAAGCGUUAUGGCCUCAUAGAAAGCAAUGACAGUAGUGAUGAUGAAUCCCUUUUGCCCUCAGAAAAUAGUAGUGAUCUCAUUCAAGCAGAGGCGGAAAGUGUGGUUAAAAACAGGAGAUGUUCUAACCCUUCCUAUGUGAGAGAGAGUUUGGGACAGGUUAAAAAUCCACCCACCAAGAAUAUGGAUUGUACAGGCGAGCAAGAAAUUAUUAAUCAGCCAGAAGCACAUAAACUUAGAAAUAUUACAAAUGAGAUAUCAAGAAAGACUUUUGUUCCAGUACACCACUCUGAGGAUAUGUCUUUGCAAGUUCUGAAAGACCUUAAAACCAAUUCAAAGUUGUCAUCUGGGAAGGUUCAAAUCACACGUCACCCUGAAAAGGAGAAUGCUGGAGACCCCCCAUUUUUCUCUGAGAGAGAUUCUACCACUAAUGGAAAAAAACUCACAGCUGGUGUAAACUUAGUUGGCGACAUAUUGGACGUAAAUCGCCUUCGACAGCUUCCAAAACUUUUCUAAGGUUUUCAAUGUUCAGUGUUCUCUAUAUUUGGACAUUGCCCAUAUAUCUUCCUUUGUCAACAUUUAGGUGACAGUUGUCUCAAAGGGAGCAUAUGUAAUUAUUAUUAUUAUUGAGUGUAUGAAUAGAAUGCCUCAAGACGCUGCAGUUUGAGCAAUUUGCAAUAAUCUGAGACUUUGUAAACGUUAUUACUUCUGCAUCACUAAUAUGGUCCUAAUAAUAAUUUUAGUGGAAUCUUUAUAAUCCGUAUCUACUAUAUUUCUUCUAUGUUGUAAAACCUUUCAUUUCCUAAAUGAACUAAACGUCUUCAGUUGGGUAACCAACAGUAUUUAUUUUUGAUUACCAAAAGCUAUGCACCAGGUAUGAGCCCAGAUAUUGCAAAAUCCACUGAGGCGCAGUGGCCAAUAUGAUAGUUACUAGUCCGGCAAUUUUGUUUUCCUUGUUAGUUGCGAAAUAUACCUCAAAUCAGAAAAUUUGUGAUGUGAGAGACUGAGAAGAAAAUAAGUAUUUAUAACAGUUUCCAAGAAAAAUAAUAAUUAUGGCUAGCGAGUAUGUUUACUGAAUAACUUGUCCAAAGGGUUUGUCUUGUCCCUGUAAUUGUCACUCACUCUUGGGAAGAAGUUUCUUUUCGUUUUAAAUAAAGUGAAAAGCUCCCAAACCAACCAAAUUCUGCAAAAAUGUAAACCGUUUUUUCUCUAUAUCCUUUAUCCAUUUAUCAGUCUUGUUGCUUCCUGUCUUUCAGCUUGUAACUGGCGUAUAAAUGUGUCCUUUAUUCAGUAUUCACCAAAACAGUUGUUAAAUUGCAGUUUGUCAGAUUUGUGUAUAUGUUAAAUUAUUUAAAUGUAUUCCAGUUAUUUCUACUAUGUUUUUAUGUUUGUUGUGUGUAACUUUUCCCUAUACGAGUUGUAAUAACGGAAUGAAUUUUGCACUUAAUGUCUCAUUACUGUAUGUGAUUUGUACACAGGGUUUACCCUGGGUCUUUGUGGUGCUGUUGCUACAUGUUUUUGCACAUAUACAAAUCAGAAUAUUGCAGACAUGCUGGAUUUUAUUUGUACGUUUUUUAUGGGUAUGUUUAAAUAUUUAUUUUAUAUUUUUAAUAAAGAGUAGACAAAA